AUGAAUCUGCGUUCUGUAUUUACUGUAGAACAACAAAGGAUUUUACAGCGUUAUUAUGAAAAUGGAAUGACAAAUCAAAGUAAAAAUUGCUUUCAGCUCAUAUUACAGUGUGCACAGGAGACUAAGCUGGACUUCAGUGUAGUCAGGACGUGGGUUGGCAAUAAAAGAAGAAAAAUGAGUAGUAAGAAUUCUGAAUCAGGAGCAGCGACAACAAGAACUGUUUCUGGUACUUCUUUGGCAGCUCCAGACGUUGCAGUCAGAAAUGUGGUUAAUAUUGCUCCACCCUCAAGCCAACAGUCUUCUUGGACAUUGCCCAAUAAUGAUGUCAUUGUAACUGGUAUAUACAGUCCAGCCAGUUCAUCAAGUAGGCAAGGGACAACUAAACAUACAAAUACACAAAUUACAGAAGCACAUAAAAUCCCUAUUCAGAAAACAGCCAGUAAAAAUGAUACUGAGUUUCAGUUGCACAUUCCUGUUCAAAGACAAGUAGCACACUGUAAAAAUGCCUCUCUGCUCUUAGGUGAAAAAACAAUUAUUUUGUCAAGACAGACAAGUGUGCUAAAUGCUGGAAACUCUGUAUACAAUCACACAAAGAAACACUAUGGAAGCUCUUCAAUGCAAGCCUCUGAGAUGGUACCUCAAAAGGCAUCUGUGUGCCAUCGACCUUGCAAAAUUGAACCAGUCGGAAUUCAAAGAUCAUAUAAGCCUGAACACACGGGUUCAGCAUCACAUAACUUAAGUGGGCAAAAGCCACCUAUUAGAGACCCUUACUGCAGAACACAAAACUUGGAAAUCCGUGAAGUAUUUUCAUUGGCUGUUAGUGAUUACCCCCAGAGAAUUCUGGGAGGAAAUGCCACACAGAAGCCUCCUAGUUCAACAGAUGGAACUUGCUUGUCCAUUGCAAUGGAGACUGGAGAUGCUGAUGAUGAGUAUGCCAGAGAGGAAGAGUUGGCAUUGAUGGGAGCACAGAUACCAAGCUACUCAAGAUUUUAUGAAAGUGGCAGUUCCCUUCGAGCUGAGAACCAAAGUACAGUUUUGCCCGGACCAGGAAGAAAUAUGCCAAAUUCACAACUGGUGAAUAUUAGAGACUUGUCAGACAAUGUACUGUAUCAAAACAGAGAAUACCAUUUGACACCACGGACCUCAUUGCAUACAGCGUCUACUACACUAUAUAGUGAUACAAAUCCAUCACGGAGUAAUUUUUCUUCACAUUUUGCAUCAUCAAACCAAUUGAGAUUGUCACAAAACCAAAACAAUUACCAGAUUUCAGGAAACCUUACUGUGCCUUGGAUUACAGGGUGUUCUAGAAAAAGAGCACUACAAGACCGCACUCAGUUCAGUGACCGAGACUUAGCCACCCUUAAGAAGUACUGGGACAAUGGCAUGACCAGCCUUGGCUCUGUUUGUAGAGAGAAGAUUGAAGCAGUUGCAACUGAAUUAAAUGUUGACUGUGAAAUAGUUCGGACUUGGAUUGGAAAUCGAAGAAGGAAAUAUCGUUUAAUGGGGAUUGAAGUUCCACCUCCAAGAGGAGGCCCUGCUGAUUUUUCUGAGCAGCCCGAAUCUGUUUCUUUAUCUACACUCACACCAGGAGAGGAAGCUGGUCCUGAAGUAGGAGAGGAUAAUGACAGAAAUGAUGACGUAUCCAUCUGUUUGUCUGAAGGAAGCUCUCAAGAGGAAUCCAAUGAAGUUGUUCCAAAUGAGGCAAGGGCUCAUAAGGAGGAGAAUCACCAUGUGGUAUCUGCAGAUAAUGUGAAAAUAGAAAUGAUUGAUGAUGAAGAAAGUGACAUGAUAAGUAGUUCUGAAGCAGAACAAGUGAAUUCUCUCUUGGAUUAUAAGAAUGAAGAAGUCAGAUUCAUUGAAAACGAGCUAGAGAUUCAAAAGCAAAAAUAUUUUAAACUUCAGACGUUUGUAAGAAGCUUGAUACUAGCUGUAAAAGCUGAUGAUAAGGAACAACAGCAGGCACUGCUGUCAGAUUUACCUCCUGAAUUAGAAGAGAUGGAUUUCAAUCAUGCUUCACCGGAGCCUGAUGAUACCUCAUUCAGUGUGUCUUCUUUAUCAGAGAAAAAUGCCUCAGACAGUUUGUGA